AUGUUACGAAUACCACGGAUAGUUCCUUGGACUUCGCCACAGGAAUAUCAGCAAGUUUACGAAUGGUUGUAUUCAGAUUCUCUAAAUUUACGUGAACUGGGUAUCAAACGGGUCAAGGCAUGGUCAAGCCGCGGAAAAGUUCCCCAAGCCAUUGUUUGCACAUCCGCGUUCGUCGAAGUGUCAUUAAGGGACGAAUUCGGAAAAAUAUCGAAUCAUGAAUUGAGACUACUAUACUCGAUGAUUUUCAUUAGGCAUGUACCGACCUUACCAUCCCAUCCCAUCCCAUCUUUGCGAAGAUUUGUUAAUGGAUUGGUGGAUCAAAUUCAAGGAAAUUAUGCCGAAUCGGUUGCUUCACUAGCGCUAAAACUCGACCUACCUUUGUGGUUCGUUGAAUUACGUCAUGCUGGGACUCAUGAACACCUUCCUAGCUUGCAAGUUUUGCGGAAUGGAUGUCAACAAGCUCUAGAAUGGCUAAAUCGUGAUUACUGGACAACUCAGAAGCCAUUUGAUUCAACCCAGUUGAAUGAGAUUCGUUCUCUAAUUUCCAAAUACAAAGAAAUUUGGAAGAAAUAUCUAAAAGCCAUAUUCUUUUCAGUUUCCAACCCGAGUGAAAAGGCUUCAGCGUACAAAGUCGUGGAAAAACUUCUAAACCUGAUUAGUGCAGAAUAUAUAAAAGAUUUACUGGUGCCCAUUCUAUUGGAGAAUGGAUUUCUAGUUCCGAAAGGUAAAAGGAAGCGCGCUUCGGUAGUCAAUGCAACACUGUCAGAUGACUUGAUAGAUGUAUGGUUCCCAAUGUUAGAAAGAUUCGAUAGCGAAUGGUCUAUUUUUGGUGAUGAACUAGUUCAAGGAAUGUUAGAGAUACUGGUUUCGGAUGAAGAAUUCGCAUGGUCCAAGUCAGCAUCUUCAAGUUUUUCCUUAACUAUUGUUGCGUGGAUAAGCUACUUUCUGAGAUUAAGCUAUAAUAGCGAGAGCAAGGCGUUCAAGGAACUGGACCGGGAGGGAAUUCUCGAGUUUUGUCUAAGGAAACCUACCACUUACACGAAUAAAAUAUUACAACUGAUGACAGAUUUCGAUGACGAAUUAAAAGAAAGU